AUGGUUAGCGUGGGCACACAGACUUCAAUCAGCUCACAAACCUCCACUCCCCUCGCUAGUCCUGAACAGACAGUUGACGACGACGAUGAUGAUAAUGCCACUGUCAUCAGUGACUUGUCGUGGGUGCCCGAAGAGCCGAUGGAUGAGGAGGAAUUGUUUGAUGAGGAGCCACCUUACACGUGUGACCCCCACCACAAUUGCAUUGACAAAUUCAUUGUUUGCCAAGAGGAGCUGAUGGGCCUUUUUGCCAUCUGUCCGGCCUGUUGUGAGAGGUCGGAUAGUAGCAUCGUGCAGCAGGAAGGAACUUUUGUUAAGAUCAAGCAGGUCUGUGCAUCAUGUGGCUACCACCGUUUCUGGCAAAACCAGCCAAUGCUCCACAGGAACAUGCCAACCUGCAACCUCCUGUUAAGUGGGGCCAUUCAUUUUACUGGAUGUUUGGCCACACAGACACUAAGAAUGUUGACCCUGUUUGGCCUGCAGUUCAUCAGUGCCAGCAGUUUCUUUCGCCAUCAGCGCCGCUACACCAUCCCUGUAAUCGUUCAGGCCUGGCAGAAUGAUCAAGCCAAGAAUUUUAGUGACCUACGGGCAAUGGAUGGCAGGCUAGUUCUUGCUGGUGACUGCAGGUCAGAUUCUCCUGGGCACUGCGCAAAGUAUGGGUCAUACUCUCUGAUAGAGGACAGAGUGAACAAGGUGGUGGAUGUUCAGCUUGUUCAGAGCUCAGAGGUCCCCAACAGCUCAUGGUGUGAGCUUGAAGGCCUCAAGCGCAGUGUUGGCCUGCUGAGGGGAAACGACCUGCAUUUGGCAACGCUGAUCACGGACCGACAUCGCCAGGUUGCCAAAUGGGUGAGAGAGGAGCUGAUCCCUGAAGGGACACAGCAUUAUUUUGACGUGUGGCACAUUGCCAAAAGUAUGUAUCCAUUGUUGGAACCUUGA